GAUGGCGCGUUGCUCUACGUCAUUCCGUGCGUGCAGCUGUCAUGGACGCCUCCACGCGCAUAGCUAAACUGUAAAGGCACUUGCUGUAUUCUCUCUGUUUUGUUUUAUUUGUCUUCAGAUAUGAGAUAUUUACUCCGACUCGGGCAUUCGUUUGCCCGCCUCCAUGUCCGUUUAUGUCACCAAAGUGUUUACAGCGCCCACGGUAAUCCACGCAGCCUGGGAGUGGACCUUGGGGAGAAGAAACUUGAGAUCUCCUCAGGGAGGUUUGCUCGAUUUGCUGAUGGAUCAGCAGUAGUAAAGCUGGGAGAGACCUCUGUGAUGGUGACUGCUGUGAGCAAAACUAAACCUUCUCCAUCACAGUUCAUGCCUCUUGUGGUGGAUUAUAGACAGAAAGCAGCUGCUGCAGGUCGAAUCCCUACCAACUAUCUGAGGCGAGAGCUUGGUACUACAGACAACGAGAUCCUCACUAGCAGACUAAUAGACAGAUCCAUAAGGCCGCUGUUCCCUUCUGGUUACUUUUAUGACACCCAGAUUCUUUGUAACCUGCUGGCAGUUGACGGAGUCAAUGAUCCAGAUGUGUUGGCUAUCAAUGCAGCUUCUGCUGCUCUGGCUCUGUCUGACAUCCCCUGGAAUGGACCCAUAGGAGCUGUGCGUGUUGGCAUGGUAGAUGGAGAACUGGUGAUAAAUCCCACCAGGCGAGAGAUGGCUUCCAGCAGUCUGAAUCUGAUUGUAGCUGGAGCGCCCAGCAGUCAAGUUGUGAUGAUUGAGGCGUCAGCUGAGAAUCUGCUGCAGCAGGACUUUUGCCAUGCAGUGAAGGUGGGAGUCAAACACACCCAGCAGAUCAUACUGGCCAUCCAGCAGCUGGUUCGAGAACAGAAGAUUACCAAGCGCACCCCUGUCAAGGUCUUCACUGCCCCAAAUGACAUGGUGGAACAUGUUAGACAAAUAUCUUCUGAGAGGAUCUAUGGAGUUUUCACUGACUACACCCAUGACAAGAUUUCAAGGGAUGAAGCUAUCAACAAAGUUCGACUAGAAACUGAGGAGAGCCUUAAAGAAAGAUUCCCCCAGGCAGAGCCAUUUGAAAUCAUUGAAUCCUUCAACAUUGUGAGCAAGGAAACCUUCCGCAAUUUGGCGCUUAAUGAGUACAAGAGAUGUGAUGGGAGGGAGUUGACAGCUUUAAGAAACAUUUCUUGUGAUGUUGACCUUUUUAAACCUCUGCAUGGCUCGGCUCUGUUCCAAAGAGGACAAACACAGGUAUUAUGCAGUGUUACAUUUGAUUCAUUGGAAUCCACAGUUAAAGCAGAUAUCAUCACCACAGCUCUGAGUGGCAUCAAAGACAAAAACUUCAUGCUUCAUUAUGAAUUCCCCCCGUAUGCGACCAAUGAGGUUGGAAAGGUCGGAGGCAUCAACAGGCGAGAGCUUGGACACGGGGCCCUGGCAGAAAAAUCUCUGAGACCAAUCAUCCCAAAAGACUUCCCUUUUACUAUCAGGGUCACUUCUGAGGUGCUGGAAUCAAACGGAUCCUCAUCCAUGGCUUCAGCAUGUGGAGGCAGCCUCGCACUAAUGGACGCAGGUGUUCCCAUCACUUCUGCUGUGGCCGGUGUAGCAGUUGGUCUCAUCUCCAAAGCCAAUCCAGAGAAACCCACUGAGAUCCAGGACUACAGAUUACUAACUGAUAUACUGGGAAUAGAGGACUAUCUUGGAGAUAUGGACUUCAAAAUGGCAGGAACAAACAAGGGCAUCACUGCUUUACAGGCUGACGUAAAGAUCCCAGGUUUGCCUCUGAAGUUGGUCAUGGAGGCCAUACAGCAGGCUACAGUUGCAAAGAGGGAGAUCUUGGGUAUCAUGAAUAAAUGUAUAGCACAUCCCAGAGAGACACGGAAAGAGAACGGACCUGUUGUUGAAAAUGUUCGGGUGCCUGUUUCUAAACGAGCGCGGUUCGUUGGUCCAGGUGGCUACAACCUUCGCAAGCUGCAGGCACAAACAGGUGUUACAAUAAACCAGGUGGACGAGGAGACUUUCUCAGUGUUUGCACCUACACCAGGAGCAAUGCAUGAAGCCCAGGACUUCAUCGGUGACAUCUGCAAAGACGAUCAAGAACAUCAGCUGGAGUUUGGUGCCAUCUACACCGCCACCAUCACUGAGAUAAAGGACAUUGGUGUGAUGGUGAAACUUUCCAACAUGAGUGCCGUCCUGCUACACAACUCACAACUGGACCACAAACGGAUCAAACAUCCAAGUGCUCUAGGUUUAGAGGUGGACCAGCAGAUACAGGUCAAGUACUUUGGACGGGACCCAACAGACGGCAGGAUGAGACUUUCACGGAAGGUGCUCCAGUCUCCUGCAGCGACAGUCAUCAAGACGAUGAGCGAGAAACAGAGCAUCUCCAUGACUUCCAGCAACAGUCACGGGACCAGCUCCGAUUUGUGACACAAGACACACAAGAUGGAUUUAAACUGGGGAGACUUUGCCACAAACACUCCUUUUGAGAAGUCUGCCAAAUCAAAAGCCCCCGUGUGCACAUGAAGAAGUUUGACCCUGAAUUGUUACGGAGUCGACUUCUGCUCUUUGAUUGCAUCAUUCGGCUGUCACUGAACCAGGAUGGACUUGAGAUGAACACUUGGAUGCAAUGAGCAGAAGACAAACAAUUGUAACCAUUAUAAAUCUGUUUUGUAUCAAGCAAACCCUUUAUUGGUGUCUUCUUUUUUAUUUAGCUCACCAAACAGUGUGACAUGGAGCAAAAAGGGGCUCCCUCAGUACAGUAAUCUAGCAGCUGUUACCCAGACAGACGGUGUGUUGUGCUGUUCAUGUGUGUUUUUAUUUUCAAACUGAUGUCCACUGUGCUAGACUCCAAAUGUGGACCAAAAGGUGGGAGAGCUGUAAUAGUGUUAUUUUUUAAUUUCAUUGUUUGUUUCAUUGAUUGCGUAUUAUUUAGACGACACAGUAUGCGAGUAAUGUGUAAAUAAAGCGAUUAAUGUUUA